UUCUCGUCGUCCCCGUCCUCCAAAAUGUCGGCCACCGCAGCGCAAGGAAAGGUAGCAUCCAUUCAGCUCGAGGGUGACUACUCCAUCAAGUCCGAGAGCACCCAACCAAAACUCGACACUUCGCAAUGGCCUUUACUUCUUAAGAACUACGACAAACUCCUUGUCCGCUCCAGUCAUUUUACCCCCAUACCUUCCGGAAACAGCCCAUUAAAACGCGACCUCGCGUCUUAUAUCAAGUCGGGUGUCAUCAACUUGGAUAAGCCUUCAAAUCCUUCGUCGCAUGAAGUCGUCGCUUGGUUGAGGCGGAUCCUGCGUUGCGAAAAAACUGGUCACAGUGGUACACUUGACCCAAAAGUCACGGGCUGCCUCAUCGUCUGCAUUGAUCGUGCAACGAGGCUCGUGAAGUCCCAACAGGGCGCCGGUAAGGAAUAUGUCUGCGUCCUCCGCCUCCACUCUGCUCUUCCCAACCCCACCGCCCUCCCUCGCGCUCUCGAGACUCUGACAGGCGCGCUCUUCCAACGUCCCCCACUCAUCUCUGCCGUGAAGCGUCAGCUUCGUAUCCGUACUAUCCACGAGUCAAAACUUCUCGAGGUCGACGAGAAACGCAACUUAUCCGUCUUUUGGGUUUCCUGCGAGGCUGGCACUUACAUCCGUACGCUAUGCGUACAUCUUGGCCUGAUUUUGGGAGUAGGAGGGCACAUGCAGGAACUGAGACGAGUGCGGAGUGGUGCGCUUUCUGAGAACGACGACAUGGUGACCAUGCAUGACGUUCUCGACGCACAGUGGAUGUACGACAACACCCGUGAUGAGUCAUACCUCAGGCGUGUCAUUCGUCCUUUGGAGUGCUUGCUCAUCGGUUACAAGCGCAUCGUCGUCAAAGACAGCGCUGUAAAUGCGGUUUGUUAUGGCGCAAAGCUCAUGAUUCCUGGUCUUCUUCGCUAUGAAGCCGACAUAUCUGUACAUGAAGAAGUCGUGCUCAUGACCACCAAAGGAGAGGCCAUUGCCCUCGCCAUCGCUCAGAUGUCUACCGUGGAUCUCGCUACGUGCGACCACGGCGUCGUUGCGAAGAUUAAGCGUGUCAUCAUGGAGAGGGAUACCUACCCUAGGCGAUGGGGUUUGGGUCCCAAGGCCAUGGAAAAGAAGAAGAUGGUCAAGGAUGGGAAGCUCGGGAAGCACGGCGAGAAGAUUGAGGGAGUUACCCCGGCGGAAUGGAGCAAGGACUAUGUGGACUACACUCGCGAUCAACCCACCGCUGGGCCUUCAACGGUGGCGACAUCGGUUCCUGCCGCUACGCCUGCUGUUGUCGUCGUUGAGCCAUCAGUCAAAGUGGAGGUCAGUCCUUCCAAGAAGGAUAAGGAGGACAAGAAGAGGAAGCGUAAGUCGGAAGUUGCCGAAACUGAGAAUGGGGAUGUCUCGAUGGCGGUCACAGAAGGUGGUGCAGAGGAUGAUGAGGAGCGAAAGCGUCGGAAGAAAGAGAAGAAGGAGAAGAAAGCCAGGGAGAAGGUCGAGGACGAGGACGAAGAGGCAAAGCGGGAGAAGAAAAAGCUGAAGAAGGAGAAAAAGGCUAGGGAAUCCCUCGCUGGUGCGGAAUCAUGAUGCAUUUCGUACACUUUCUUGUCGUACUGUUCCUUGUAUGGCCUUCAUUCAUCAUCUGGCAUCGCUGGCGCUGGAUAUGCGUACCACCAAAUAUGUCCGAAUAAUACUUAUAAGACUG